GCUGUUGCAAGCUCAACUUUUAACCUCUCAGUUAACACGUCAUCUAUUUCAGCAAAAGCUGUGACAAUAGUACCAACAGAACAAAUCACAACAUCAUCUUCAACAAUGAAUCCAAGUACCACACCAGCUACUGCCAAUGGCACGAAUGCUACCUCAAAUGCAGCGACAACUUUGGGCUCUAAUACAACUGCAGCCACAACAGUUGGUUCCAAUACAACUGCAGCCACAACUGUGGUUUCCAAUACAACUGCAGCUACAACUGUGUCUCCAAAUACAACAACCACUUCCACUACAGUGACAACAUUACCCACAACAACUACCAGCACUGCAUCAACAGAUCCUCCUACUGCAAGUCAAGGAGCCCUUGGUCUUAUAUUCAGUCUCAGCGAAACUUUUACAGCAGACCUCGCAAACCGAAGUUCAUCAGCUUUUCAGACUUUGGCUCAAAAAGUGACCAAUGAGGUAAAUGCUGCAUGUAAACGUGUCUAUCGAUCAUCCUUCCUUCGUUCCUUUGUUAAAUCAUUCCGGUCAGGAUCAGUGGUUACCGAUAUGACUCUUGUAUUCCAAGACAAAGCCUCAGUUCCUACAGUAAACAAUUUAACCUCAGAACUCAGUACAAAUAUUAACACUUCUUCCCUGAACAUUAUACCAGGCAGUCUUAAUGCAACUGUGCUCAAUAUUACAACAACCCCAACCACUGCUUCUAACAUUACUACAGCUGCAACAACUGCAGCCACAACAGUUGGUUCCAAUACAACUGCAGCCACAACUGUGUCUCCAAAUACAACAACCACUUCCACUACAGUGACAACAUUACCCACAACAACUACCAGCACUGCAUCAACAGAUCCUCCUUCUGCAAAUGAAGGAACCCUUGGUCUACAAUUCAGUCUCAACCAAACCUUUAAAACAGACCUCUCAGUCCCAAGCUCAUCAGCUUUUCAGACUUUGGCUCAAACAGUGAUUAAAGAGAUAAACAGACUGGUUAAAAAUGUCUUUGCAUCAUUCCUACGCUCCAGGGUUAACAGCUUUAAGAAUGGAUCAGUAGUUGUCGACAUGACUCUUGUGUUCCAAGAUCAAAACUCGGUUUCAUCACUAACUAAUGCAACUGCAGCGCUGACACAAGCACUCCAAAAUACCGCACUGGGCAUCAUAGAAGGCAGUAUAAGAGUGUCAUCAUCAACCAGUCUUCAGUCUACAAUUGGCAUAUGGGCGCUAACACUGUUGACUGUGGCACAAAUCAUGAUCAACAUGUAGGCACCACUCAAGUUCACUCCAGUGACUUCACCAAAAGUUUUUACUGUGUGCCGACCAAAGGAAAAACAAAAGAUAUAAGAAGCUAGCAUUAUGAAAUUUACCAAGAUGAAGUAAUUUGGUGCUCAGAUGUGUGCUGAGUGUAAAAGAUUAAUAUAUAUAUCUUAUAGUAUUUUCCAGACACAAAUUUAUGGUGCAAAAUAUCUAAUACUUUUUGGCAACGUAUUGGCAGUUACUUGUGAGUAACACAUUAGCUUGUUAGUGCACUUGUUUUUGUUGCUAUUGUGGCAUUAAGAAAAAACUAUAAAAAACAUACAUAUUAAUUUACAAUGUGCAUUGCAAGAUGCAAAUUAAUAUCCAAACAUAUUAUUGAGUUAAAUGGUGAAACAGAAGAUGUGCAUAUUUAAUGAUGUGAGUUGAACUGAAAUGAUCUUGAUGCAGCAGACAAGUGAUUGAUUCUGUCAUAAUCAUACAGUAUCAGGUGAAUAGUUUGGAAGGUGGAUUUUA